AUGAUUGGAACUGGAUCAAUGGCUUCCAUUCUUCAGGAUCCCUUUACUGCAGUGUGCAUUUUUAUUCUCUCACUUGAAAUGGUCAUUGGGAUAUCUUCCGCUACAUUUAUUUUAGGUGCAAUAGCCAUUGAAAGCAGUCGAAAAAAGUCCAUGAAAACAGGGAACAAAAUACGUAUAGCCUUGUAUAUAUCAAACGCUUGCUACUCAUUCACCGUGUUUGCUGCAGCGGUCAGCGGCUUUCUUGAACCUUCAAAUAAUCAGAUCACUGGUUUUACCUUGGCAUAUGUUGCCUACUCUGUAAACAUGUUUACAAUGAGCUCCAGUUCCUGGCUCACAGCCAUUCUCAGCGUAUUCUAUGUCAUGAACAUUACGGAUUUCCAAGCCAGGGCCAUGGUGUGGCUGAAGAAGAACAUCAAGGCUGUCGUACCAUGGAUGAUCCUGGGAGUAGAAGUCUUAGCUCUUUUUAGUAGUUUUUUUGGUGUUCUUCUCUUUAUUAACCCUUAUUCCUCUUCUAUGAACAAUUCAACGUUAAGUCGAAACAACUCGGUCUCCACCUCUCCUGCGGGAUUUUUGAGCAUUUCUUUAACUUUAAGCUGUGCUCCAUUUCUCAUCAUUGCGUUCUCCUCCUACUGUAUUGCUAAAGUCUUGAGUAAGCACCACCGUAGUAUUGCGGAAAGCAUGAGUACUUCAGACAGCAAGAAAACAAAAAGCUUUGGAAAUGUAGUGUCCAAAAGCCGAGCUUUGGAUUCUUCUGUUAAUUCUCUCUUCUUUUACACCACUACUGUCUAUUCAAAUGAUUAUCACAACUCCAAAGCUAAAGAAAACAGCAGUGGAGAUGUUGCAUUUUAG